AUGAGUGAUCUGUCAACCAUCGAAGCUCGCAUUGAGUGCAUCAAAGAUCAAAAGAAAUUGAUCAAGGGUAAUAAGAUAGAAGAGACCAAGCUGGCUAAUGAGCUCAAAGCACUCAAUCUUGAAAGGGCUGCAAUCAAAGCUGCCAGCAGCAAUGCUGAGCAGUGUGAUUCUCAAGAUGUAAAAAAAUAUACGCUCAAAGUUCCCAAGGGCACAAAGGACUAUUCUGACAAAGAAAUGGCAAUUCGUGAACGUAUGUUUGAAAAGAUCACUGCCAUAUUUCGUCGCCAUGGCGCCGUCACAAUUGAUACACCAGUUUUUGAGCUACGUGAGAUUCUUUCUGGAAAAUAUGGCGAGGAUAGUAAGCUCAUUUAUGACCUGCAAGACCAAGGAGGUGAGAUUUGCUCAUUGCGAUAUGACCUCACUGUUCCAUUUGCACGGUUUUUGGCAAUGAAUCGUGAACAUCAGAACUUCAAGCGAUACCACAUUGCCAAAGUGUAUCGACGAGAUCAGCCUUCGGUCAACAAAGGACGCAUGCGUGAAUUUUACCAGUGUGACUUUGAUAUUGCUGGAGUUUAUGAUCCGAUGAUUCCUGAUGCAGAAGCAAUUCGUGUAAUGGUUGAGAUUCUGGAAUCGUUGUCAAUUGGAAACUUUAGUGUCAAGAUGAGCCAUCGAAAAAUACUGGAUGGCAUGUUUGCUGUGUGUGGUGUUCCAGCAGACAAGACCCGUGCAAUUUCGUCGGCAGUGGACAAACUUGACAAGAUGUCCUGGAAUGAUGUUCGUAAAGAGAUGACGACAGAAAAAGGACUUGAUGGAGCAGUAGCAGAUCGCAUUGGAGAAUAUGUCAAGCUUAAAGGAGGAAAGGAGUUGUGCGCUAUUCUUGAAAGCGAUUCUCAACUAUCUCAAAACAAAUCUGCAAUGGAAGGAGUCCACGACAUGGCGCUUUUGUUUUCGUACCUAGAACUGUUUGGUGUUGCCGAUAAAGUUGUGUUUGAUCUUUCACUUGCUCGUGGUCUUGACUACUACACUGGUAUCAUUUAUGAAGCUGUUUUACUUGGCAGUGAUGGUAAUUUUCUGCAAUUUACUAUUAUUUCUGUUCUGGUUGUGUAUCCCAAAAUAGAGACAUCUGGAGUUGGAUCGAUUGCAGCAGGUGGUCGAUAUGACGACCUAGUUGGCAUGUUUUCUGGUGGAAAGAAAAUCCCAUGUGUUGGUGUUAGCAUUGGUGUUGAACGAGUGUUUGCGAUACUUUUGCAAAAGGAGGCUCUAUCCAAAGUCAAAUCUACACACACCCAAGUAUAUGUGAUUGGUAUUGGUGGUCUUUUACAUGAACGGAUGGCUAUUGUGCGUGAGCUAUGGGACCAAGGAAUCAAGGCCGAGUUUAUGUUUAAAGUGAAUCCCAAACUUCCAGCGCAAUGGACAGCUUGCGAGCGCGAACAGAUCCCACUAGCGAUCAUCAUUGGAAGCGAAGAAAUAUCUCAAAAAAUUGUAAAAAUCAAAGAUAUGCGAGUCAAGGAAGUUUCAGUUACUGAAGCCAAGAAAGAAGUGAUAGUUUCUCGAAGCGACAUGAUUCAAGUUCUCAAAGAGAAACUCGAAUCAUUUUGA